GGCUAACUAGAACAUAGUUAAAUAAGAAUUAAUAAUUGGUUAGAACUGUAUAGUGUAGAUCCACCCGUAGAAAAGACGUAAAAUCGGUAUCUAGUUUUCUGCGUCGCAGGAGAGUUUUUAGCACUAUGAUGCUCGCGAAAAGGUGCAUUCUGUGUGUUUUCUACUAUUCUUCUAUGAGCGAGAGGCGGUGAUGAAAUCAGUUGUUAGUUGUAGUUAACUACCCCACGCUGUAGUCGAACAGCCCUUCUCCAUGGGCCGCUAGGGGCAAAAAGUGAGGAAUUUGUGUGAUUGUUGAGAUACUUAUGAAAUAUUACACAAGACAACAAGAAAUAACCUGCCCUACAAGAAGAACCUGUUUGUAUUCAUGUGAAUGCGCUUGUCGUGGCAAAGGGACAUGACGCAUAAGGAUAAUCCUGGAUUGUGUUCUGACAGAGAAGAAUGUUGCAGCAUGACCAUGAUCGACACCCCUAAGGAGGCAUUUGCUGCUUUGCGUCCUGUCUGUGUGAAACUGACCAAGGAGCAUACGAUUGAAAAUGUCUACCAGCUAAAGUCUGCAUUAAAGACUGUAAGUGGUUCAGCUCUUCAGGAACUGCAGGAAUAUGUUCUUUUCCCACUGAGGUUCAUACUAAAUAGUCCUGGACUGAAGAAGGAAGGCCUAGUCCUCAGUGUAGUGGAAUGUAUCACAUAUGUAGUUUCUUUAACCUGCAUAAAAGGAGAAGACUUAUUCCAGAAGCUGCUUUCUGAACUAUAUCUUUGCCUUUGUUCUUCACCCAACUUCACAAAGCCAGCUCCAUUAUCAGAAGAACUUAAAAUGGCCAUCGUUAAAGGACUUGAUGCCUUGUUGCAUUCUGUUUAUGGUGACUCCCUCCUAACCUUGUAUCAGCCUUCAUCACUUCCUGUCAUGGGACACAUACUGUCUUUACUGUUGGCCUUAGUUGAACAGGAGAAAUCAAGGCCGGUCAAAGUAGUUAUGUUAAAUGUUCUACAAACUUUAAUUCAGCAGUGCGACUGUUCAGAGUUGCACAUGCUUCCCGAUGAUGUAAUGAAUGCAGUAGGAAAUACGUUUGCCUCAUUUCUGCCUGGAAUAACUCUCUCUUUGUCUCGUGUUAUCACAGGUGACAUUAAACAGGGCCACAUGGUUACUGUUCGUGCUCUUGCUGCCUGGUACAAAACUGUAGGUUUGGUGAUGGCUGACAAUCAGUUGUUGGAAGUCCAAAUGAAGAAAGAGGAGCCUCCUCCUGUGCAUAACAGAGCAGCUGAACUUGUGAUCCAGAGAACCCCAGAGUGGGUUAAGAGUACUGGUAACAAGGCAUCAGUUCUAGUUAAGAAAAUAGUGGAAUGUUGUUCCAACCACCCACAUUGGAAGGUGAGGAAGGAAUUAUUGAACUUUGCCUAUCACCUGUUGUCAAGAUGCCAUAAAUCACUAAAAGAUUCAGUUGGGCAUUUGCUGGAAGCAGUAGUUGGCUUAGUUAAUGAUGAAAGUUUAGAGGUAAAGAAAAAAUCUACUGAAAUUUUGAGAAACAUUGCUGAUCAAAAAUUAGUGUCUGAAAAUAAGGCCUUCACAGAUGUUUUGUCAGAGAAUCUUCAUACUCUUGCAACAGCUCUUCCCCGUCUGAUGAGAUCACAUGAUGAUAAAAAUAAACUUUCAACUCUGAACUUGUUACUUGGUUAUAUAAAACUUUUGGGUCCUAAAGUCAGUGUUGUUCUUAAUUCUGUGGCUCAUCUUGAACGUCUGUCUAAAGCAUUAAUUCAGGUACUAGAACUAGACAUUACAGAUAUACGAAUUGUAGAGGAAAGGCGUGCGUGUAUUGAAGGUGCUAGCGGGUGUCAUUCUUCUGACCUGUGCUCUUCUCGAAAGUUAAAAAGGAAUGCUGUGCAGAAAAGACACUUCCGGUAUUUCACUGAUGAGCAGAUAUUCACUUUGUUACAGCAACUCUGCAGAGUUCUUGGGUACUAUGGAAACCAUUACUUACUAAUUGAUCAUUUCAUAGACUUGUACAGGGAGUCUGCUGUGUACAGAAAACAAGCUUGCUUGAUCAUUAAUGAAUUGAUUAUAGGAGCCUCUGGAAUGGAUUUGGAAGAACUUCAUGAGACUGAGAACCCCAUAAGCACAGACGACCUCAAAGCAGUAAUUAACUCGGUCAUUGAGGAAUACACAAGUCUUGCAAACUGGCACUUGGUUUCUAACAUUUUGUCUGACUAUGACAGUUUGGAUGCUCAUGAAUCACACACUCUGGCUGUUACUGCUUUUUCUGAAGUGCAUAAUUUCUCGUCUUCAAAUAUAAGCUCAAACAUUAGUUCAAUGAAUAGCAACAUCCUGCAACUCUGUAUUCAGUUAGAAGGAAUUGGAGUAUUUGCACAGGUGCUGCAAAAUGAGUUUGCUUUACUUCUAAUUUGUUCACUGUACCCAGUAAUGGAAAAGGCUGGGGAUGACUCUUUGCUGGUAAGUCAGACUGCUAUGGCUACGUUGAUGGACAUCAGCCAUGCCUGUGGGUAUAAGUCCUUAAAAGAAUUAAUCAACCAAAAUUCUGACUAUCUUAUUAACGCUGUUUCACUGAAUCUUCGCCAGCUUGGGCAGCAUCCGCAUGCUCCCAAAGUUUUGGGUGUUAUGUUCAUGAAUUCGGAUUCCAGUUUGCUUCCGCUAGUUAAAGAUGUAGUACAGGAUGUGUUGAUGACACUGGAUCAGUCUUACGAUGAGAGAGCACAUUUGUUUUUCAGUGUUCUGCACACAUUAAUGGGAGCAUUAGUACGCUGGUUUCAGUCUGAAACAUUUUCCUUACAAGACAGCAAAAAAUCCAAGGAGAUAAAAGAUGGAUUUCUGCAAGAUCAAAAUAAAAUUGACACAUCUGAUGUCAGAAGAGCACAGGAAGAGUUGGAGCACUUUUUGCUCGACUACCAAAGACAGAAACGUCUAUCAGAAGGUGAUAUCGAGGAUGACUGUUUGGAUAGCGAAAACCAGCAACCUGUGUCAGAACCAGAUGUCGAAGACAUGUCUCCUGAUGUCAAGAAAGAACUUCCAGUGCACAUCCAAAUAGCCAAAGAUGUGAUAGAGAGAUGUAUUCAUUUGCUCUCUCACAGGAGUCUGAAACUUCGACUUAAGGUGUUGGAUGUGCUGGAAAUGUGUGUUAUCGUGCUGCAGAGCCAUGAGAAUGAACUGCUGCCAGCUGCACAUCGUGUUUGGCCCCCCCUGGUUCAGCGAUUGACUAAUGACGAUCCUCGUGUGGUUCGCCAGGCCUUUCAGACUUUGUGCAUCUUGGGUGAGAAGUGUGGGAAUUUCCUGAGAAGCCGAGUAACCAAAGAUGUCCUUCCUAAACUUAGCAACAUGUUACAGUCUCAUGCUUCAGUGAGCAUCAAAGCAGGACCACUUUAUACUCACACAUUGGCGUACAAGCUUCAGUUAACUGUACUGCAAGGUCUAGGUACUCUCUGUGAAAAACUGGAUCUAGCGGAGAAUGGCCUUGAUGUCGUCAUUAAUGCAGCUGUUCCCUACCUCAGCAGCAGGCAGCCAUGCAAACUCCAAGAGGCAUCUUGCAGGAUGUUUAUACAUCUGAUGCAGAUAGAUCCUGAUGCUGUGUGGUUAUUUUUAAAUGAACUUUAUUGUUCGCAUUCCUAUGAGCCACCACAUGCAAGCCUUCAUCCAGUGAAACUCCAAGGAAUGGGAAACCCAAGGAAUGAAUAUACGGAUAAUGUUUCUCAACUUCUGGAUAAGCUGUAACAUCAGAGAGGCACCAAACAAAGCUGAGCCCUGAGCCACUCUUGAAUGAUAUUUGGUGUGUGGUACAAUUGUUUUAAAUCACAAAAUGUGCCAUCCGUGGAGGCAUAUUAAAAACUUUGAGUUACCUUUUUAACAGGAAUUGGUGCAGAAAGUCUAACCACUCAGCAGUCCUGAUUUUUUUUCUCAAGUUUCUUUACUGAGUUGUAAAAUGUGUGCCUUUUGGCUUCAUGAGUAUGACUGAAACGCAGAAUGUUAUCAGUGCUGGCCUUUUGAAAAUUUGUAUUUAGAACAGUUGUAUUUUGUAAAUGUUUUUUGUUUGAACAGCACAUUUUAUGAUGUCAUCUUAACUGGGUGUGGCUUUUAUCCCAGAUGAGCAGUAUCACAUUGAUUUCUUGAAACUAGAGGUUGCAAAGAAUUCUGUAAUUAUGUAUUGGGUUCUCCAGUAACAUACCUUUUGUUAGAGAAAGAUGCAAAUGCUAACAGGUUUAUUAUUAUAAGCUACAAGAACCUGUACAGAAUAAACCAUAAAACUUUUUUUAUUACCUUAUUUAUUGGUUUGAUUUAUUGGUAGGGGUAAUCAAACUGAUCCAAAGGAUGCAGAGGACUUUUUCAGCAUAAGCCUAGCCUUGGCUGUAAUCCAGUUAAGAUUUGGACAUCUGAUUAAUGUUCCAGCAGUGCUCAUUAUGAUUAACUUUUAUUGUAGACCUUUAAGUUGUGCUACAUUUGGAAAAUCAAAAUCAGAGUUUAUUUGUAAUGUUUGGCUAUCACCACAGUUAUACAGUGAGAAAUUAUGUUGAAAUGAUUCCAUCUUCCUAGUACAUAUGUUUGAACAUUCCAGUAAAUAAAUAAUUGUACAGUUUUA